AUGUCAACAGCGCUCAGGAAAGCUCUCUCGGGGGCAUCGAUUACCGCCACAAGGACAGUAACCACAGCACCCGCCUUUUCACUCACACCCUCAAGAUCAGCUCUCUGCUUCCGCCACAGGACCCUCUCAACCCUCCUCCUCCCAAGCCCAGACCAGGGCCACCCCAACAACAACAACAACAACAACAACUCCAGAAGUUACUCGACCAAGCACAGGGGCCGUAGGAACAAAGAUCACAGCAAUGACGUCUUUGACAACAACUACUCCCCCUCAGCAGCAUCGACACGUCCAGGGAAGGAUGAAUACAACGGCGACCCGGGGCUUUACCGUAUCUUCUUCCGAAGCCCGGACAAGAUGCGGAGUCUGGAGGAGGCCCAGGUUUUUAUCAACCAUAUCAAGUCGAGCUAUGGACCCUUGACUCAGUACCAGUUUGCGAGGUGCCCAGAGACGAGAAAGUACUUUGGAUAUGGAUUCAUGACAUUCAAGAACAAGGACUCGCUAGACAAGGCCCUAGAAGAUGCAUACAUCCGUGUUGGCAUGAAGGACUUUGAGCUGAUCCGAUCCGAUAACAAUAACCGCAACCGGAAACCUAUCAAGGUCAAGAAUACGGGAUUCUCGGGGUUCAAUGAUCUGGAGGAACUUCGCGCCAAGAAGAAGCAGGAAGAGGAGAAGAGUAGGAUAGCUACUGAGGAGGUGGAAAAGGAGGAGGUCAAGGAACAAGUGGUCGUUGAGGAGAGCGGGACUACUUUCGCCUCGGCAUUACCGUCAUCAUCAUCAGCAGAAGCAACAUCGGCAGCAACUCCAACCGACAACAGCAGCGACGACGACACACGCCCCUCAGCAUCAAAACCCUACUUCGUCCCUCUCCAAAAGAAGGGCAUGGCCCAGCUCUGGAAAAUCAUCCCAAACGAGAUUGAGCGCGCAGAACAGACCUCCAAACAAGUAGAUGAAUCGGAACAGGAACUUCCCGUCGCCCCAAAGGUUGACAGCAAGAAACUUGCCGCAGAGCUCGUUGGAGACAUCCUGGACAGGAAACCAUAG